AUGUCCUCCACCGUGAACAACGGGGCGGCCACCAUGCCGUCCCCACCGGACGCGGCGAACGGCUUCCCGCAGCCGGGCGCCUCCUCGGGGACCUGGCCGCGGGCGGAGGAGGAGCUGCGCGCCGCAGAGCCGGGCCUGGUGAAGCGCGCGCACCGCGAGAUCCUGGACCACGAGCGCAAGCGGCGCGUGGAGCUCAAGUGCAUGGAACUGCAGGAGAUGAUGGAGGAGCAAGGGUACUCAGAGGAGGAGACACGGCAGAAGGUCAGGACUUUCCGGCAGAUGCUGAUGGAGAAGGAGGGAAUGCUCACCAGGGAGGACCGGCCUGGGGGCCACAUCGUGGCGGAGACCCCGCGGCUGCUCGAGGGCGCGGACCCGGGCCAGGAGUACGCGCCCUUCGACGAGGACGACGGCCCGGUGGACUGCGGCUGCCCGGCCGCCUGCUACCGCGGGCACCGGGGGUACAGGACCAAGCACUGGUCCAGCAGCUCGGCGUCGCCCCCUCCCAAGAAGAAGAAGAAAAAGAAAGGCGGCCACCGGAGAAGCCGCAAAAAGAGGAGACUGGACUCCGAGUGCAGCUGUGGGAGCUCCUCACCGCAGCGCAAGAAGAAGAAGAGUGUGAAGAAGCACCGCAGAGACAGGUCUGAUUCUGGGUCCCGGAGGAAGAGACGACACAGAUCUCGAAGCCCCAAGAGCAAAAGAAAAGAGAAGAACAAAGAGAAGAAGAGGCCACAUGCGGAGUCCCCAGGUCGGAGGUCCAAUCGCCACAGCAGCGGCAGCUCUCAGAGCCCCUCCCUCUCUUCCCAUUACAGCGAUUCCAGAUCACCCAGCAGGCUGAGCCCCAAGCACCGAGAUGACGGGCGGAAGACGGGCAGCCAGCGGUCCAGCGGGAGCCGGUCGCCUUCCCCGUCUGGCGGCAGCGGAUGGGGGUCGCCCCAGCAGAACGGCGGCAACAGACAGCGGAGCGGAGCGCACGGGGGCCGCCCCGGCUCGGCGCACAGCCCGCCAGAUAAGCCCAGCUCGCCCUCGCCCAGGGCCCGCGACCAGGCGGAGGCCGGCGCAGCCACGCCGCCCGCGCGGGGCAAGGAGAGCCCGAGCCCGCGCUCGGCGCCGUCGUCCCAGGGCAGAGGAGGCCGCGCGGCGGGCGGGGCGGCCAGGCGCUCGUCGCGCUCGCUCAGCAGGGCCCGCUCCAGCAGCGACUCCGGCGGCGGUGGCGGCGGCGGCGGCGGCGGCGGCGGCGGCGGCAGCGGCGCCCCCGGCCCCGGGCCCGAGCCCGGCUCCGAGCGAGGCCACGGCGCGCACGGGAAACGGACCAAGGAGCGGCCCCCGCGCGCCCGGCCGGCCAGCACCUCCCCGUCCCCGGGCGCGCACGGCAGGCACGGCGGCCCGGAGGGGAAGAGCUCGUCGCGCAGCCCGGGCCCCCACCCGCGCUCGUGGAGCUCCAGCCGCUCGCCCUCCAAGUCCCGCUCACGCUCUGCGGAGAAGAGGACCCGCAGCCCCAGCCGCUCGCCGUCGCCCAAGAAAACCCUGGGCCGGGACAAGGACGGCGAGGGCCGCGCGAGGCACGCCGAGGCCGAGGCCGCCCGCGCCCGGCGCCGCUCCCGCAGCUACUCGCCCAUCCGCAAGCGGCGCCGGGACUCGCCCAGCUUCAUGGAGCCACGGCGCAUCACCAGUGCCCGAAAGCGUCCCAUCCCCUACUACCGGCCCAGCCCCUCGUCCUCCUCCAGCUGCCUGAGCAGUGACUACUCAAGCCGGAGCCCCAGCCGCAGCCCCAGCCCGGGCCACAGCCACGGAAGCUACAGCAGCCGCAGCCGCGGGACCCGCAGCCGCACACGCAGCCCCUCCCGGACCCCCAGUCCCAGCUACCACAGCCGGAGCAGCUCAGAGAGUGGGGGCUUCUGA